GGGGAAAGAGACAGACACAUCUCCCAAUUUAGAGAUCAAGGAGAUGCCAAACUAAAUGUCAAAUACUUCAAUGGCAAAAAUCACAAACAAGUAAUCUGAAAUCCAUGGUUUCAUAGAUGAAUGAUCUUAAAGAUAUUUCAAUGGUUAUCCAUCUGAAAGCAAAUUUGGGUGGAUCCAUAGCACCUGAAACUACACAACCAGAGUACUUCCCAAAACCCUGCUUCACAAAUCAGUAAAAUAUUUUACCGUAAUUUUUCCUACAUCGUCCACUUCAAGACCCAUCAAUCCUUCAAGACCCAUCAAUGCAUAGAACUGUUCUGUUGUAGGCCAUGUAACACCUCCAAACAACCAAGCAAUCCACCCAGAUGGCUUCCCCUGCCACAACUUAACAUGAGGGAUAGAGAGAGCUUCCAAAAGCCUCAAGCCUUCUACUUCAAGAUCUCCGUCAGACAUUAAUGGCAGAUUCAAAGUCUUCUUCCCCUUCCUUUUCUCAGAAAAAAGAGAAUUUGGUUCCUAAAAGUUCAAAAAUAGCGAAUCUGAACAAGUCCAAGACAGAGUUGUUGACACGAAUUCAAGGGCUGAAACAGGAUAUGCAAGAGUGGAGAUCAAAAUUGGACUCACAAGUUAAGACUUACCAUGAUGAACUCUCUGAGUUGAAGAAAACACUUAAUCUUGAAGUUGAGCAACUUAGAUCGGAAUUUCAAGAAUUGAGGAACACUCUCCAGCAACAAUAGGAGGACGUAACAACUAGUCUCAGGAACUUGGUGAUAAGUGAUUUGCCCAAAGUGGAUGAAUAUGUCAAGGCAACAGACGUUACCAAGGAGGAAGACAAUGUUAAGAAAAGUGAUGAGCGCAAAGUGGAGGAGCUGGCAAAGGAAUCAGGAGAGAGACAUGGUGGAAAUGACUGAAGCCACCAAACUCGGGAUGAGGGGGUAGAGAGAGAGAAAGGGGACGAUGGUAAAAAUAGCAGGCACAGCUUGGGAUAAGAGGGUAAAGAGAGCGUGAGAGAGAAAACUGUACGGAGGGAAAUGGUUUGUAGAGAGAGAAAUGGAGGGAACUGAAGAUAAAAAAAAGGAACCAGAGGUUGCCGGUUGAUUAAAUACUUUCUUGAG